AUGCCCGAAAAAAGAGAGAUCCUCUUGAAUGAGUCAGUAGGCCCGACCGGCAUUGCAUUGAAAAGCGCUGGACAGUGUCUGCAAUUCCGACUCUGGAAGGUUGUCUGUAAGACCUUUUGGUGUCGAGUCAAAGCGCCUGCAGAACUGUCCCCUCUGCAGCCAUCCUCUUUGCGGCUUCUCGAGUCGUAUGGGUCCGGCAAGAUGACAAAUCACUUUCCAGCUGUACCCUACCCUCCCCGCCUCCUAUUGGGCUGCAAGGUUGGGGUGGGGUGGGGUGAAAAAGACAUGCUGGCCAAGUGGAACCGGGGCAACCGUUGA